AAAAACAUAUAUACACACACUAGAUCACAUACACUCACCCCCUUUGUAUAAAAAAAAUCUAUAACACAACCUCACGCGCCUUCGUCACUCCGCCGUGUGUUCCAUGCUCUCUGCACCUUUCUCGUUCACUGUUCAUCACACAAAUAUCCGAAAUUAUAUACACACAUCUCACUUGAGCUCUUCAUUCAAGAUCUGCAGCUAAUUUCUCCUUCAGAUUCUUCCUGUUUGACUUUCAAUCAUCAUCAUUCACUUCAAUUGCUAUAGAUACAUUGUUCUAACAGGUUGUUGAAGAUGGAGAGAAGAAUUGAUACUCAUGCACCGCUUGAUUAUGUUGAGCUCCAGAUAUUUCCGAGCGAUAACAGGUAUGAGGCAUGUGUAUCAACUAGCAAUAUAAUUGAAAAGGUGGCAUCUGGAGACUUGCAACAACUGUUGUUGCAUCUACCUCAAGUCAAAGAUUUGUCAUCCAAAACCUCCGACUCAAACUUCAGAAUUCUAACACCUGAAGAUGGCAGCAAUGCUGACUGGUUUACAAUAGCCACAUUAACAAGAUUCUUAAACAUUGCUGGUUCACCAGAUGUUCUUAGUAUUGGAAACGAAAUUUCUCAAUUAGAGGAGACCAGAAAAUUCCAACUUUCAUUGUUUGCCAAGGCUGAAGUUGAUAUGACAUCAUCCUUCGAAUCCAAGAAUGAACUACUGCGAGCAGUCGAUUCAAGGCUCUCAGGCUUGAAAGAACAAUUGGCUGAAGCCCUCAACCAGGCUACCGGUAUUACAUGCUCGCCUCAAGAUAUCUCCAACUUGGAAAACUUUGCUCAUCAUUUCGGAGCAGAAGAUAUAAGGGACUCGUUACAGAAGUUUUUAGAACUGAGUCAAUUCCCAUCAUCGAAAGACUCUACACCCAAAAAAACCGUUACAGCUACUCACCCUUCGCAGUUAAAUCCGCCUGUAAAAUAUGGUGUUUCCCCAGCAAAAGCUGCACAGAUUGAAAGACAAAGUUCAACCGAGAGUGAAAACUCUUUUUCAAGUGAAGACGAACCAACCGUUGAAAGAAGCCGAACCGUUACAAGAUCUGCAACACCUAGAAGGUUAGCAUCUCCAAUGAGACGGGUUCAAAUCGGACGAACUGGCCCACGCAGGGCGGCUACAAUAAGUAUCAAAAGUCUCGGUUAUUUUCCAAAUAGAGAGAAAGUAUCAUUAUCAACUCAGAAAGAUGCCACCUGUCACACUAGUGAUGAGGAAGAAGACUCAGAGACACCUGCUAAACAAAAUGCAUUGAGAAUGAGCGUGCAAGAUAAAAUCAGUCUAUUUGAAAACAAACAGAAAGAGAAAGCAGUGGAGACCGAGAAGUCAAAGACGGUGUUGACCGCUCCUGUUGCAAACAAAGCUGUACUGAGAAGAUGGAGCUCGGGAAUGAGCGAAAGUGCUGCCCGAAUCGAAAAUGAUACAGUUAACAAAACUUCUGAAGAUGGAGCAUGUGGCAACGCAGAGUCUUUGACUAAAAUUUCUCCGAGUCAAAGUUCUGAAACUUCAAAAGACGUUAAAUCGUCCUCACCCAAAAAGGUUAAAGCGGACAUAUUAAACCUGGAAAUGGAGAAUUCGGAGGAUGAAGAUGACGGAAUUGGUGAAAAGCAUCCUGCGUCAAUCGAAUGGAAUCAACGAAAGGAAGCGGAAUUGAACCAAUUGUUUAAGAAGAUGAUGGAAAGUAAAAGCAAGCCGGUUAGACGUCAUAGUGUGACGAAUGAUAAUAGCAAAAGUAAAAGUAAUCCAAAGGAGCAAAGAGGUGGAUUUUAUGAUCAUUAUAAGCAAAAAAGAGAUGAGAAGCUUCGAAAAGAAGCUUCUGGAAAGAAGGCUGAGAAAGAAUCCCAAUUCAAAGAGAUGGAAAAAUUUCUUGACGAGAAAAAAGCCGAAAUGGCAUCUAGUAACACAAACGAUAGUCGGAAAAAAACCAUUUCGAAUAAAGUUAAACCUCAAAAUUCUCAAAAGAACCCGACCCAGUUGUUAAAUACCAAAAGGGAAACCGCAAAAAGUUCUAUUGUGAAGAAAACUACAACUACAACUACAAAUAAACUAUCUCCUUUGCCUGCUGCACGCAAGUCAUGGCCCGCGACGACCCCUUCACCAAGACCUGCUGGUGCCUCACCUGCUAAAACUCCAACCGGGCCCGCUUCUAACACUAGUAUAACUCGAAAACCGCAAUCUACAUCAUCGGUUGUACGUUCAAGCACAAAAGUUGAAAAGUCGAAACCACAACCAAAGGCUCUGAAGUCAACCCCACCCGAAGGUAACAAGAACGUUAAAACCGUCAAAGAGAAAAGGCAGCCAAUGGUGACAAAAACUGCACCGGUAGUAAAAACGAAAUCCCGAACUCCAGUAGGCACUCCUAAUGCUGCCACUGCAACCGCUGCCACGACCGCCACCGCCUCCGCCACUGCCGCUAAACCCAGCUUUUAUAACAAAGUUACAAAGAAAAGCAGUGUGGUCCCAUUGGAGACGAAACCGUUCCUGCGUAAAGGAACCGGGAUCGGGCCUGGUGUCGGUGCGGUUGUUGUCAAGAGUAAAGGUGUGGCUCAACCCGAGGAACAAGCUGAUAGUACUGGAGAUAUGAUCGAAACUGAGAAAAAUCCAGCGGUUGAGGUCGAAACUACUGAAAUCAUAAGUGAAAGUCAAAAUCAAGAGACGGAAUGCGAACCACCGGAAUCAUAUACCGAAUCGGAAACCCAAUUGCUUACUCCCAUUAAAUGUGAGGAACCGGAGAGCUUUAAAAAUAAACGGUUCGAUAUGAACGGCGAUGGUGUCAGUAAGAAGACGGAGAUUGAAGAAGAAUCAACGGUUUCGAUUUCACCAACUGCAUGGGUGGAAAUUGAAGAGAAUAAUAAUCAGGAUGAGAUUAUUCCAUGCAAGGAAAGCCCUACUCAGGCAUCCGGUCCAGCCAAUGUUGGUGCGCCAGCUGGAGCUUCGAGUCCCCGUGUUCGUCACUCUUUAUUUCAGAUGCUUCUUGAGGAGACUACGAGUGAAGCCGACAGUUGUGAGUGGGGAAAUGCACAACACCCUCCUGCUAUGGUGAACCAAAAAGAUGCACCGAAAGGAUUUAAGCGACUGUUGAAGUUUGCUAGAAAAACUAAAGCUGAUUUGAAUCUGACUGAUGGUUCUAGCCCAUCAAGCAUUUUCAGGAGAGGAUGAAGGUGACAAAUCUCAAGCUUAAGCAUGGAGGGGGAAUGGAAUGAAAUGAAGCUUCUUUAUUGCCAAGGUUCAUGAGAGUGGCAGAUUUGUAAAAUAUACUUGAUUCCUGUAUACAGGUGAAUUUGGUUGUAAGGUUAAGCUUUUCUUUUUGAAGUUCAAAUUGGUAUUUUGUUGAGGUAAAAGUUAAGAAACAAUAACUCUUUUUCCAGCAUGUUAUGUGCUUUUGGAAUUUUUCAUAGACACCGACAAUGUAAAUUCAGUGCUAUAUUCAUCUUUUAGCUUAAAGUAUUUCAUAUUUU